CAGCACGCCGUCUGUCGCAGGGAUGGUCGCCGUCGCCGUCGCAGUCGCAGUCGCAGUCACAGCUAAUAACGGACAUUAGAAGCCAGCAACCGCUUCUGCUGCCCCUGUCACUGAUUCGCACCUGCAGCACAUCGCCCGUCGCAGGGAUGGUCGCAGUCGCAGUCGCAGCACGCGACAUCGCAUGGCUGCUCCUGGUCGGCGCGGUCUGGGGAAUCACGAAUCCUCUUAUAAAGCGCGGCGCCGCGAUGUCGAAGCGGCACAUCAAAGCGGACGAAUCCGCCGCCGCUGCCGGCAAAACUGCCGGCCUGGAAGCUUCCAUGUCGUUUUCUCAGAAAUUGGACUUCAGAUGCAGGAGAUUCGUCCACGUGGUUACCCGUGAUUGGCAG